AUGUCGACCACUAGCAGCAGCGGCGGUGGCAUGUCCACAGAGCCCUUCGUCUGGGUCAUCAUACCUCUUAUCGCCGUCUUCUCCGUCGGCACAUUCAUAGCAUUCGUAUGGAACCGCCAUAGACGAAGACGUAAUCCUGACCGACACGCUUGGCCCGAGGACCGAGUCCUCGUCGGUAGUGCCUACGUCAGAUAUCGGCGUGGAAUGAGGUGGUCGCCGUGGUCGGAGACACGAUCGAUGGAAGGGCUGAAUGAGCUGGGCGAGGCGCCUCCGCCGUACGACACGAAGAAGCCGCCUGCGAUACAGGAUCGGCAUGGGAGAAGACGGGACGCUGGCGAGGAGGGUACAGAGUUGAGGGAUCUGGAAGCUGGGGGGCGGCCGCCCGAAUAUCCUGCUCAUCCGCCUCCGGCUGUGACAACAGAUAGGAGGGCUUCGUGA